CGACGCUUCUGUUAUGAAUAUUCAUAUGCUUCAGUUGUGCGGUCUUUGCAGGAGCGAUUUCAGCCCAAACACCAGCUAUUGUAUAGGCGCUGCAGUGGUAGUUAACCCAAGACUGUCUGCGAUCGUAUUCUAUGCUGCAGUUUACGUAUGAACGAUUAAAACGGCACUUAGCUACAUAGCCAGACAUUUGUGCCCGUGUAGUCUGGGCCUCAUGUUAUACGAUUAGUCCGAUCAUAAUUUUGUAACUGUAGGCUCCUUAAAACAGUUAUUUGCCAAAUAACGGCCGUUUAAUCACACCAACAGAUAAAAUCAAAACGGCUAAUAAAUGUAACCUAACAUGGCGAUGCUCGUUGCGUCACAAUGGGACUUUCGCAAUGUUGGUAUCCUGUGGAAUCAUCAUAUUAAUGUGACCCGUUAAAGUUAGUUGGUUAGGGUAACAGAAGACUCUAAAUUACCGUUAGAUGUGAAAGGUUCUUUGUAUGUCUUUAUGUACUUUGCGAUUGGCUGGCCUCCAGUCCAGGGUGUAUACGUUACCGUCUCUCAGGAUGGAGUGGCAACCAGAUGAGCAAAGUCUCCAACAAGUGCUUCAACUUCUCAAGGACUCCCAGUCUCCAGACACAGCAACGCAAAGAGCAGUACAAGAAAAACUGGAGCAACUUAACCAGUUUCCAGAUUUCAACAACUAUCUAAUUUUUGUCCUCACAAGCCUCAAGUCGGAGGAUGAGCCCACUCGAUCGCUCAGUGGCCUGAUACUGAAGAACAACGUUAAGGCUCACUACCAGAACUUCCCUCCCAAUGUGGCUGACUUCAUCAAACGAGAAUGUCUCAACAACAUUGGAGACCCUUCACCACUCAUCAGAGCUACAAUUGGUAUCCUGAUCACAACUAUAGCCUCCAAAGGGGAGCUGCAAACAUGGCCAGAACUGUUACCACAGCUUUGCAAUUUACUGAAUUCGGAGGACUACAACACCUGUGAGGGUUCUUUUGGAGCCUUGCAAAAGAUCUGCGAAGACUCUUCUGAGUUGUUGGACAGUGAUGCACUGAACAGACCACUCAACAUCAUGAUUCCCAAAUUUCUGCAGUUCUUCAAACACUGCAGCCCCAAGAUCAGGUCCCACGCCAUAGCAUGUGUAAACCAGUUCAUCAUUAGUCGAGCUCAGGCUCUGAUGGAUAAUAUCGACACAUUUAUUGAGAGUCUGUUUGCGCUGGCAGGUGAUGAAGACAGCGAAGUCCGGAAGAACGUGUGCAGGGCUCUUGUCAUGCUGCUGGAAGUCCGCAUUGACCGCCUCAUCCCGCACAUGCACAGCAUCAUCCAGUACAUGCUGCAGCGUACUCAAGACCCAGAUGAGAAUGUGGCUUUGGAGGCGUGCGAAUUCUGGUUGACUCUGGCUGAACAGCCUAUCUGUAAAGAGGCCCUGUCUGGCCACUUGGUUCAGCUCAUCCCGAUCUUAGUGAAUGGGAUGAAAUACUCUGAAAUCGAUAUUAUUCUUCUAAAGGGUGAUGUGGAGGAAGAUGAGGCAAUUCCAGACAGUGAACAAGACAUCAAGCCUCGUUUCCACAAGUCCCGCACUGUCACUCUGCAGCAUGAAGGAGGGGAGGGAGAGGAGGGGGAAGACAUUGAUGAUGAUGAGGACGAUGACGAUGAUACGCUGUCUGAUUGGAACCUCCGGAAAUGUUCUGCUGCGGCCCUGGAUGUUCUGGCCAAUGUGUUCCGAGAGGAGCUGCUUCCUCAUCUCCUGCCUCUCCUAAAAGGUCUGCUCUUCCAUCCCGACUGGGUCAUCAAAGAGUCUGGCAUCCUCGUCCUUGGAGCCAUUGCUGAAGGAUGUAUGCAGGGUAUGGUACCUUAUUUGCCCGAACUCAUCCCCCAUCUCAUCCAGUGUCUGUGUGACAAGAAGGCCCUGGUUCGUUCCAUCGCGUGCUGGACCCUCAGUCGAUAUGCACACUGGGUUGUUAGCCAGCCUCCCGACGCUCACCUCAAACCUCUGAUGACUGAGCUCCUCAAACGCAUCCUGGAUGGCAAUAAGCGAGUGCAAGAGGCGGCCUGCAGCGCGUUUGCUACCCUGGAGGAGGAGGCGUGCACAGAGCUAGUGCCUUACCUCAGUUUCAUCUUGGACACACUGGUGUUUGCUUUUGGGAAGUACCAGCACAAAAACCUACUCAUCCUUUAUGACGCCAUAGGAACCCUGGCAGACUCUGUGGGACACCAUCUGAACCAGCCUGAGUACAUCCAAAAGCUGAUGCCUCCCUUAAUCUCAAAGUGGAAUGAGCUGAAGGAUGAAGAUAAAGAUCUCUUCCCCCUGCUUGAAUGUCUGUCAUCUGUUGCCACGGCUUUGCAGAGUGGCUUCCUCCCCUAUUGUGAGCCCGUCUACCAGCGUUGUGUCACGCUUGUUCAGAAGACCCUGGCACAAGCCAUGAUGUAUAGUCAGCAGCCAGAUCAGUAUGAGGCGCCUGACAAGGACUUCAUGAUCGUGGCUUUAGAUCUUCUGAGUGGCCUGGCUGAGGGAUUGGGUGGACAUGUGGACACUCUUGUGGCUCGGAGCAACAUUAUGACUCUGCUCUUCCAGUGCAUGCAGGAUACAAUGCCUGAAGUAAGACAGAGUUCAUUUGCUCUACUGGGGGACUUGACCAAGGCUUGCUUCCCUCAUGUCAAACCAUGCAUUGCUGAAUUCAUGCCAAUUCUCGGAACCAACCUGAACCCAGAAUUUAUCUCCGUCUGCAACAAUGCCACCUGGGCCAUCGGAGAGAUAUGCAUGCAGAUGGGUGUAGAGAUGCAGCCGUACAUUCCGAUGGUUCUGAGCCAGUUGGCUGACAUCAUUAAUCGACCAAACACUCCCAAGACCCUCCUGGAAAACACUGCAAUCACCAUCGGACGACUGGGCUAUGUCUGUCCCCAGGAAGUUGCACCCAUGCUGCCGCAGUUUAUUCGACCAUGGUGUACAUCACUUCGCAACAUUCGAGAUAAUGAAGAGAAAGACUCUGCGUUCCGUGGAAUUUGCAUGAUGAUUGGCGUGAACCCAGGCGGUGUGGUGCAGGACUUCAUCUUCUUCUGCGAUGCAGUCGCCUCUUGGGUGAACCCCAAAGAUGAUCUGAGAGAUAUGUUCUAUAAGAUCCUGCAUGGUUUUAAGGAGCAGGUUGGAGAGGAGAACUGGCAACAGUUCUCUGAACAGUUUCCCCCUCUGCUGAAGGAGCGACUGGCAGCCUGCUAUGGUGUAUAAAGCCUUUACACCCAUCCAAGAGGUGAGCCACCAGGAGGAGGGUGAAUGGGAAACUCAUCCAUCUGUGUAUUGCACUGCCCUGAUCUGGGGGGAGGGAGAGGGACGCUUAUGGCCGCUCCCCCUGAAGGACGGCCCCCAUGCCCUUAUGUGUUUGUCCAUAGACGAUGGGUGGGCGGGAGGGACAGGGGGACACACCUCUAGAUUAAAUAGGCAGGGACCCGACACAGAAAAACUAACAGGUAGGGACAGAGCGAGGGACCGAAAGAUGCGUCGGAAGCAUGGAAACAUGGCGAAAUUGAGUGUGGCAGGGACAGAGACCGGACCGGCAUUGAGAACGUUCAGGGAACGAGAGGGAGGGACUUCAUUAACAAGGCAGGGAGGGAAUCUAAGCCACAGGGCAACGUCUGUUACCGGGCUGGGAGGGCAGGAACAGUGCGAUUUUUUUUUCUUUUUUAAAUCAGGAUUCUUAAUUGCAAGAGUAGCCAACAGACCAACAGACAGAUGAGACCGACUGACAUUUCUAGACACAAAAUCACUUGCACAUUAUGCUGCAUAUGCAGUACUUGGAUUUGACUGCGGGUGGCACUAUACUUUGGACUUUUUACAACUUGCAUGCAGUUAGUGACAGACAGGUGUCUUAAUUAUGUUCGCUUUCAGGGUGACAUCAUACUUUGCGGGGUAAUAGGAUUCAAUAAGAGUGACUUCAUCUGUUGUGUCCAAAUUCUACAUAGCUGUAGAAUAACCUCACGAUCCGCCAUCAAUGUUUUCUUACCUUCAUUUUGACCACAGUGCUGCUUCACACAACUUUCCAUUUGAGAUGUUUUGGGGGGGGGGGGGGGUAACAUUUUCUACCUGAUCUGAAGAGAGAGAAUAGCCUCUACUGUGUCUCUUUUUGGCUUCACAAUUGCCACUCCUCCAUGAAGGGAGGAUUAGGGCUAAUGCAUCUGUUUUCGCACCAAAGGUGGAGGAAAUCAUCGCAAAAGAAUCACACCCUUGGUUGUGUUGAUGAGGGUUAAUUGUGUGUAUAGAAAUCUAUGUGCGUGCAUGUGGAGUUUGUAAACCCUUCGCCGUUUUGUGUCCGCCAAUUAAAUUGUGCUUUGUUUUUGACAUGGUACUGAGCUUAAACUUGACUCCCACCGCAAUGUCCUUGGCACCUGUUAACUGUGACUUUGUGUGUGUGUGUAUAACUGCGUGUGUGCGUGUGUUGUUCAGUUCUAUGUUUGUAUCGAGAUCCAUUUGCUGCCAUAUUGAUAGUUUAAGCAAAUAUCUAUGAUGUUUUACAUCUGGUCCAUUUUUUUUUUAUUUUGGUUUUGCUGCUACUGAUGUCUUGUUAAGAAAUUACAUAGUAACACAAAUGCUCCUUUUCAGUUCCUGAUGAGUUGUUUUUGCACUUAUAUUGUUUUACCUUUUUUGUACAGACUUUUUUUUUUACCGUACCCAUAUGUGUUUAUCCUAAUGUCAGUGUUCUGUCAUUCUGCACUGUGAACUUAGUGUCUUUAACUUGCAAAAAAAAAAAAAAAAAACUAUUCCAAUACUAAAUGGCAAAUAAAAUCAACUUUGUGAAACUGCGACUAAUCCGCACUUUUACAAUGACUAA